CUCUCUCUAUAUAUAUAACGUAUCCAAACCAAAACCCUAAAACCAUUUUAUCAACAAGCCGCACUGUCCGUCUGCACUGCAACCAGAGAGGGCAUCUCCCUCAUAGGAUGUCUAGUUUCACUCUCUUUCACAAAGAUUGAUUUUGGGUAUCUAUGUAUGUAUAUAUUCAUGUUCAUAUACAUAUAUAGAGAGUAAGAUAUUGAACAACCAAAGGUGGAUUCAUUGUGGCGUCGUCGCUAACGAAGAGACGAGUACUACAGCAGUUUGAGAUUAUUCCGAGAGACAUCCUCCUUUUCAGAUCACAACACCCCAACUAUCGUCAUCUGAGAUUGUGUCAAUUUGCUACCGAGGAUAUGGCAUUAAGCACCGAGAGUGGGAAGAGCUUUGCUAGGAGAGAUCUACUUUUGGACAUCGAGGCCCGGGUUAAAAAAUGGUGGGAAGAGAGAGAUGUCUUCAGGGCUGAAUCUCGAGAAGCACCUCCUAAACCGGGAGAGAAGUUCUUUGGAAACUUCCCUUUUCCUUACAUGAAUGGUUACCUUCACCUUGGCCAUGCAUUCUCACUAUCCAAACUUGAAUUUGGUGCAGCUUAUCACAGAUUAAGGGGUGCCAAUGUGCUUUUGCCUUUUGGUUUCCACUGUACCGGAAUGCCCAUCAAGGCCUCAGCUGAUAAACUUAAAAGAGAAAGCCAAAAGUUUGGCAAUCCACCCAUUUUUCCUUCCAUGGAAGAGCUGCAAAUUAAUGAUUCGGUACCAGAAUCAGUUGAAGCAGGUGGAGGAAGCCAGGUAAUACCUGGAAAUUUUAAAGGGAAAAAGUCUAAAGCUGUAUCAAAAUCUGGUGGCGAUAAGUACCAGUGGGAGAUUAUGCGGAGUUAUGGCCUCUCCGAUGAUGAGAUUGCAAAGUUCCAGGACCCAUAUUGCUGGCUGACAUAUUUUCCCCCUUUGGCCGUUGAAGACCUUAAGGCAUUUGGCUUAGGCUGUGAUUGGAGACGUUCCUUCGUCACUACUGACAUGAAUCCAUUUUUUGACUCAUUCGUUAAGUGGCAAAUGAGAAAAUUGAAAGCAAUGGGAAAAAUUGUCAAGGACUUGAGGUACACUAUAUACUCACCCUUAGAUGGCCAGCCAUGUGCUGAUCAUGAUCGGGCUUCAGGCGAAGGUGUCAACCCUCAAGAGUACACACUGAUAAAAAUGGAGCUCGUCCCACCUUUUCCCCCAAAGUUUCAAGAUCUGGAAGGCAAAAAAGUGUAUCUUGCAGCUGCGACUUUACGACCGGAAACGAUGUUUGGGCAAACCAAUGCGUGGGUGUUGCCUGACGGGAAAUAUAAAGCAUUUGAAAUAAAUGAAACAGACGUAUUUAUCUUGACGGAGAGGGCAGCGCUUAAUCUUGCAUAUCAGAAGCUGUCCAGAGUCCCAGAGAAGCCAACUUGUUUGGCUGAGCUGACUGGCCACGAUCUCAUUGGUUUACCUUUGAAAUCUCCUUUAGCAUUCAAUGAGAUUAUAUACGCUCUACCUAUGCUGUCAGUUCUCACUGAUAAGGGUACUGGGAUUGUGACUAGUGUUCCCAGUGAUUCCCCUGAUGAUUUCAUGGCCCUUCAUGAUUUGAAAUCAAAACCAGCUUUCAGGGCCAAGUUUGGUAUAAAGGAUGAGUGGGUCUUGCCGUUUGAGAUCAUACCAAUCAUCAACACUCCAGAGUAUGGAGAUAAGGCAGCUGAGAAAAUUUGCACAGAAAUGAAGAUUAAGAGCCAGAAUGAAAGAGAGAAGCUUGAGGAAGCUAAGAAAAUAGUCUACAAGGGAGGGUUCUAUGAGGGAGUUAUGCUUGUUGGAGAAUAUGCAGGAAUGAAAGUCCAGGAAGCCAAGAAUUUAAUCAAGACCAAGCUUCUUGAUCUUGGUCAAGCUGUUAUAUAUAGUGAGCCUGAGAAGAAGGUCAUGUCGAGAUCAGGAGAUGAAUGUGUGGUGGCUCUGACUGAUCAGUGGUACAUCACUUAUGGGGAACCAAGUUGGAAGAAGGAUGCAGAGGAGUGCUUGGCCAGCAUGAAUCUGUACUGUGAUGAGACACGGCAUGGAUUUGAGCACACACUCGGCUGGUUAAAUCAGUGGGCUUGUUCUCGUAAUUUUGGACUUGGGACCCGCAUUCCUUGGGACGAGCAGUUCCUUGUGGAGUCUUUAUCUGAUUCAACUCUUUACAUGGCAUAUUAUACUGUCUCUCAUCUGUUGCAGAGAGGUGAUAUGUAUGGCUCUGAUACUUCUUCGGUAAAACCAGAGCAACUUACAGACGAGGUUUGGGACUUCUUGUUCUGUGGUGGACCAUACCCCAAUUCAUCGGAUAUAUCUUCUUCCCUUCUUAAUAAGAUGAAGCAGGAGUUUGAAUAUUGGUAUCCAUUUGACCUCCGAACUUCCGGGAAGGAUCUUAUUCAGAAUCAUCUCACUUUCUGCAUUUAUAACCAUACUGCACUUCUACCCAAGCGCCACUGGCCUAGAGGGUUCAGAUGCAAUGGGCACACUAUGCUGAAUUCCGAGAAGAUGUCCAAGUCCACGGGGAAUUUCAGGACAGUACGCCAAGCUAUUGAGGAGUUCUCUGCUGAUGCCACAAGGUUCUCCCUUGCUGAUGCAGGGGAUGGAAUGGAUGAUGCAAACUUUGUAUUUGAUACGGCUAAUGCUGCAAUCUUACGUCUUACAAAAGAGAUAUCAUGGAUGCAGGAGGUUCUUGCUGCUGAGUCAUCUUUAAGAAAUGGUCCUCCUUCUACCUAUGCAGACCGUGUAUUUGCUAAUGAGAUGGAUAUUGCAGUUAAAAUGACGGAUAAGAACUACAAUGAGUUCAUGUUUCGGGAAGCUCUCAAAACUGGGUUCUAUGAUCUUCAGGCCGCUCGGGAUGAGUAUAGGUUUUCUUGUGGCUCAGGGGGCAUGAAUCGUCAACUACUGUGGCGGUUUAUGGAUGUUCAGACAAGGCUUAUAACUCCAAUUUGCCCUCAUUAUGCUGAAUAUGUUUGGAGGGAGCUUUUGAAGAAGGAUGGGUUUGUCAUCAAAGCAGGCUGGCCUGAAGCUGAUUUACCUGAUCUUACUCUUAAAAGAGCGAACAAAUAUGUGCAAGACUCGAUUGUCUCGAUGAGAAAGUUGCUUCAGAAACAAGUUUCUGGUUCAAAGAAAGGUAACGUAAAUGCAUCAAGUAAUCAAAACAAACCAACGAUUGGCCUAAUAUUUGUGAGUGAGCAAUAUGAUGGAUGGAAAAAAGAAUGCUUGAACAUACUCCUUAGUAAGUUUGACCCCACAACUUCUAGUUUCGCACCGGACAAGGAGAUCCUUGAAGGGUUGCAGCAAAGUGCAAUCGGGCAGGAAGGCAAUUUCAAGCAGGUCCAAAAGCUUUGUAUGCCUUUCUUGAGGUUUAAGAAGGACGAGGUUCUUGCUGUUGGAGUUCAGGCAUUGGAUCUGAAGCUACCCUUUGGCGAGAUUGCCGUCCUCCAGGAAAAUUUGGAGUUGAUCAAGCGGCAGCUAGGUCUUGAACGGAUCGAAAUUUUGUCUGCAACAGAUCCUGAAGCAGUUCAUAGAGCUGGGCCCCAUGUGUCACUGCUAAGGCAAAAUCCACCAUCCCCAGGAAAUCCUACUGCCAUCUUCUUGAGUGAAUAGAACUUAAUUUAAGCAGAGCUCCUGUUUUGCUCCGUCGUGCUGAUGAACUUAACUUUGAUCGGAUUGUUGCAUCCCGGAUGUAUGGAAAUGUGACCUGGUGAAGAAAUGAUGAUAUCCGGUGAAAGGAACUGUGACCUGGUGAAGAAAUGAUGAUAUCCGGUGAAAGGAACAUGUCCUUUUAAAGAGAGAUGUGACCCUGAUUCUGCCUACUUCAUUUGCAACUGAUGAUUAGUUUCUGCAUUUUUGAUGACGUCUUUUAGAUAAUAAUGUUUUUUUUGUCUUAACACUUCUUGUUUAAUGUUCGAGGCAAAAUACUGUAGAUUGUUAUAGGUAUAGCAUUGCCCUUCAUCUUCAACUUAGAGUUCCAUACUCUCAAUAUCGAGAGUAACCCUGCAAAUGCCUCUGAUUUGCCAACUCGAAGAAGAAGAACCCUUUCUAUCUGCAGUUGAUUUUGUUAGAUGAAGCGUGAUAUAGUGUCAUUUAACUUUGGUGACUUUGCUGUUUGAUCCUUGAAAAAUCCUCAUUAUUGCUUUGAAUUUCUUCUA